GCUGCAGGCGGCGCACGUCCCCUCCAUUCAAGGGUGAACAGCCUUGAGACUUGGGGGAGGGAGAUGGAAGCGCGCGCGUUCAGCCCGCUGCCCGACGGCUUAUUGAACUUAAUGAGCUAGCUCCCUUCCGAUCGAGUACAUUAAUUGACAUCGCCCUCUGUUCUGUCUCAGUCUCCGCGAUUGCCACCAGUCUUUUGAAGGUCGGGCCAGCCCUUCCUUUUUUUUUCUGCGCUUCAUUCGCUCUCUUGCUUUAGGUGCUUUGCCGAUCGGUCGCGCGAGUCGCCGGGCGUCUCCAACUCAAAAACCCAAAUACUCUAAGCUCGAAUCAUGAUCGGCCUCAAGUCAACCCUUAUCCUGGCCCUGGCUGCCUUUUCCGCCGCGGCUAGCAUCGACAGCGCUGUCAUUAGCCGCCGCCAGGCUUCUGGCGUGACUUGCGGCAACAACAACUACAGCAGCAACCAGGUUCAGGCCGCUGUCGAUCGGGGCUGCAGUCUCUUCGCGUCUGGCAGCACCGUCGGCAGCAACAACUACCCGCACCGCUUCAACAACAGGGAGCAGCUUCCUUUUCCCAUCGACGGCCCUUACCAGGAGUUCCCAAUUUUGAACAACAAGGUUUACACUGGCGGCUCGCCUGGUGCCGAUAGGGUCGCUUUCACUACUAAGAAUGACGGCACCUGCACAUUUGCCGGCGCCAUGACGCACACUGGCGCGUCGGGUAACAACUUUGUCUCCUGCCGGGGCUCCACAUCCGUGAGCGACGCCCCGACAGACAAGCCAGAGAAGACAGAGAAGCAAAACAACGCGGCAUCUUCCCUCUCGGCUGGCGGUGUCGCGAUGCCCGUUAUCGCCGCCGUGCUUGUUGCUAUGUGACGAGGCAUAGCUUUGAACCGAACUGGGAGGCUCGUAUUUGUUUGGACAGCUCUGAGAGGACGAGGAAAGGCGCUUUGGUCGCCACGUCUGCACGGCGAAAGCAACGGUUGUCGCAGGUGUCCCAGCUGAAUCUUUCAUCCAAUUUUGAGACUAUUUGCCUUGGCUACACUGUUUCCAAUGCAUACUAAGCAGCGAGCUGCAUUAAUGAAAUAUAAUUCCUAUACUUCAGCGUA